UAGUCUUUAGUAACAAACAUAAUAAUGAUAAUAAUAAUAGCUUGAGGUUAUGAUUACGGUAAUUAUUAACUUCCUUUCAAGGAGGAGGGAUUGUCGGGAAUAAACGUAGGCUACAGCCCGCCCUUUCGUGUAAAUCAGGCAGGGAAGACGCCGUUCAAAGCUUCGGGAAAACGUUAUUGCAAUUUACCGAACCCAUUAGUUGCCAGGAUGCCAGUGUCUGUGACGAAAGCUGAUGGGGUCACAGUUUUUACUGUGAAGUCUAACACAAAAAGCAAAGUUCCCCUGAUGUUCCAGCUUCUGGCGGCCAUCUGCUGCAGCCCAGUGUGUUCUGUGUCCCAGGGGCUGCACAGGCUCCUGGGUACAGCACAGUCAGCACUUGGGACUGUCCAGAUCUUGCUGGGGCUUUUCAACAUUGGCCUGGGAGCUGUAAUCACAACUGGUAGCUAUUUCUACUAUGGACCCUUGGUGUCAACCAAUGCCCCCUACUGGAUAGGAGCAAUAUUCAUUGUUGCUGGAAUCAUGUGUAUUCUCACUGAAAGAUUUCCAAGUCAGUGCUUGGUCUUCCUGAAUGCAUGCAUGAGCUUUGUUUGUGGCGCGAUCGCCGUGACCGCCAUCGUGCUCUACUCCCUAGACCUGGCUAAUGGAGCUGGCGUUCCAGUGAUCUGUGAGGAGAAUGGGUACAGAGAUAGCUACAGAGGCAGCUACGGCUAUGGCUAUGGCUACGGCUACCGUACAACAAUCUCGCCCGAGGUCGCCCGCAUGCGAGACAUUAACAGGCGCAAUAUCUUGGAGCUUUGCCAGGAGAAAAGGCACAUGAUGUUGAUUAUGCUCGGGGGAAUAGAUAUUUUGUUGCUCGUCUGUGCUGUUGUACAGCUGUGCAUCAGUAUCAGUGUCAUUGUCCUGAACCUAAAGGCUCUGUAUCAGAAAAACAAGGAGGAUAAGGAGGACCCAAAGCUCCUUAAACCUCUUCUGGAUGAGGUUGCCGUCAUUCCUACCGUGUGAAGGAGCGACGCUGCAUGCGCUGCUGGCAGAACACACUAGUGCAUGCGUCAUACAAGCACAUUUUCUUGAUUUGUGAUUCAGAAUGAACUUCACAGCUUUGGUCACAGCCCAUCAGAUGCUUGAUCAUCCAUCUAAAUCUCCUAAAAUGUUUACAUUUAUAUUGUUUGAGUUAUGCAUUUAUGACUCUUUAAAGGGGCAAUAUGGAAAGAGGGAGCACUUUUCUUUUUAGUGAUCUUUAAAUGAUUGUUUAUGUAAUCAUCACUUUGUACUCUUUUGAAUAAACGAAAUCAGCAUAA